CUGUAAAUAUAUAAAUAACAUGCUAAAUAUUCAUAGUUAUCACUAGUAGUGUGAGACCGCGGUCACUGUACAGAACACUAAAGUUUUGAUUAUAAGAAGAAAUUAGUUACAAUGUAUACGAAAUACAUAUUGUGUUUUGUUUACAUAUUCGUUUACAUAAAUACACAGGAAGUGGAAAUUGUGUCGAAUGCUUUGGGAAACGCUAAUGUAAUAAUUAAACUGAUUGAGGAAGAUUUAGAGAUAGCUAAAUAUAAGAUUUUGAACACGAAGGAGAAGAAAGUCAAUAUAAAGCUGUACUACGAGUGUUUAUGUCCAGACUGUCGACGAUUCGAUAGCAAAGAAUUGAAGAAAGUCGUUGAACGAUUAACUCCGUAUCUGAAAAUUGAAACAUAUCCGUAUGGAAACGCAAAGACGUCACAUAUCAAUGGCAAAAUAGAAUUUAAAUGUCAGCAUGGACCUAAAGAAUGUUACGGGAAUAAAUUACAUGCGUGCUCUUUAAAUAUAAUCAAUAAUGCGACAGACGCCUUAUUGUUUAAUAUAUGUAUGACGGACCCUGAGCACCCAUCUGGUGGAUCAGACGAUCCUACUGCUGAUGCGUGUGGAGAAAAAAUGGCAAUUGACGCUAAGACCAUAAAAGAAUGUGCUAAAAGUGAAAAAGGAAAUGAGCUUCUCGAACAAUAUGGUAUAGAAAGUGAUAAGGUCCACUAUAAAUAUGUUCCAUACGUAUUAAUUAACGGAAAUGAAUGGACAGGAAACAACUUUAUGAAAGACGUAUGCGCAGCUUUCUCAACUCCACCUCCUCCAUGUGUUGAAGAAAAAAGUCAGAAUGAAAAAUUUUUAAAUGUAGCGGUGUAAAUCAUAAAAACAAUUCUAAUAAAUAAAUAUAUUUGUAAAUUUAGAA